AUGACCACGAUCGAACCGACGACGACUUCAAAACCGCCCACAAAACACGACGUCGAGGUCAACUGGGAAGACCAACAGCGCAUAUGCGCGUUUGGCCGCUUAAACAACCGCACGCACGAGUUACGCGCGAUGAUUGCUUCCCGAGAGAAACAAUUGGAGGACACCGAAGAAGCGGAAUCCGAAAUCACCUUCGCGGACGACGACACUAAAUGUGAUCUCGUCGUCGGCGAGUGCUUUUUCGAAACCGAGAAGUUAAAAGCCGAGGAAAUGUUACAAACGAAAGUCACGAGCGAGAGGAAAAGCAUCGAAGAGAACAAGGAGGAAUUGACGAGCGUCGCGCGAGCGAUGGAACAAUUGAAAGGACACUUAUACGGGAAGUUUGGCUCGAGCAUUAACUUAGAGGAAUAA